AUGCGCCCUGAUCUGAGAAGAGCCUACAAAAAAACUCAGCCGGAUGGAGUACGUUUGGAUACCGAUGACUAUCGCAGACCUCAAUCAGGGAAACCUUGGGUGGCGCCGACAUUUAUGAAUUCAAUGGAAGACGAAGACACACAGCCGGAAAGCGAUGCCUCUCGCCAACCCCAACCAGGUACACCCUGGGUGGCGCCGACGAUCAUACCGGACUCAGAGGAAGACAUAAGCAAACAAAAAGAAUCUGAUCUCGAGCGUUAUAUCAGUCAACUGUAUGUAACAUCCGCUCCAGAAAAGUCUUAUGAGGAAUAUCCAGUUCAUCGUGGCUACAGGUGUCCACAGUCAGAUGGGUACUUCAAAUAUACCGACCGUUGUGACGAAUAUGUUAAAUGCAAGAAUUACAUACCAAUUACGUUCACUUGCCCAGUUGGUCUUCACUUUAAUCCUUAUUUGCAAUGGGCAGAGUCCCCUUGCGAUCAUCCUUCAAGGGUGCAAUGUAACUCGGAACCCGUCUAUGGAAAGCUUCGUUUUCCUGAAAAACCUAGUACUACAACUACUACAACCACUACUACAACAACAACACCACCACCACCACCCAUUACCCCGAAAACAAUUCCUCCAUCAUACCCCGUGCUUCGGCCACAAGGCUUCAUGUGUCCACGGCCACAUGGCUACUUCAGAUACACCGAUGAUUGUGGCGAAUAUGUCGAAUGCAAGAACUAUGUACCACUUAUGUUCACAUGCCCUGUCGGUCUUCACUUCAAUCCUCGUGUAGAAUGGACGUCAUAUCCUUGUGAUUAUCCUGCAAGGGUGCAAUGUGUCAAAAAAGAAACUACUACAACAAGUACUACAACAACCACCACAACAACAACACCAGCCCCUACCCCAGCACCUAAACUAGUACCCACACCGCGCCCCGGAAACCAUGGCUUCAUGUGUCCCCAGCCACAUGGGUACUUCAAACAUACCGAUCAGUGUGGGGAAUAUAUUGAAUGCAAGAACUAUGUAGCACUCACCUUCUCCUGCCCUGCCGGUCUUCACUUCAAUCCUCUUGUGCCAUGGACGGAGUAUCCUUGUGAUUAUCCUUCAAGGGUGCAAUGUGACAUUCCUGAACCGCCUACUACAACAACUACAACUACAACUACAACAACCACUACUCCACCACCACCAACUACCACAGAAACAGCAGUAGUGCCGCGUCCUAAAACACCUAACUACAUGUGCCCACAGCCCUACGGCUACUUCAAACGAAGUAAUGAUUGUGGCGAAUAUGUUGAAUGCAAGAAUUACGUACCACUUAUGUUCACAUGCCCCAUCGGUCUUCACUUCAAUCCUCUGGUGCAAUGGACAGAGUAUCCCUGUGAGCAUCCUUCAAAGGUGCAAUGUGACUACGAACCCUUCAUUCCUUCUCCAAAGUCACCACCCACCACCACUACACCAGAGCCCACCACCACCACCACAACAGAGCCAACUCCAGCGCCUAAAGUAGUAACUACACCGCGUCCAGGCAGGCCGAUAGAGGGCUUCAUGUGUCCACAGCCACAUGGCUACUUCGAGUAUGCUGGUCAGUGUGAGGAAUACGUUGAAUGCAAGAACCACGUACCCCUUUCAUACAAUUGUCCUGCUGGUCUUCACUUUAAUCCUCGUGUGCAAUGGACGGAGUAUCCUUGUGAUCAUCCUUCAAGUGCGCAAUGCAGCAGUUAUCGGAAGUAGUUGCUACGAAUUCUACUCUACGGCAAUACUCGGCUACGUACUUGACAGCUACGAAGUUGCUACGAGUAUUGUUCCGUAGACGGUAGAACUAGAAGCUGACCUCUUCGUUUAUCACUUCAAAACUAGCUGGGUUAAUUAAUAAUUUAUUUUUGGU